AUCCCAGCGGCCGCUGCGCUAGUGAAGCGGAGGGAGUCGGGGCGGUGGAUUGCGGGUCUGUCACAAUGCUCAGAGGACUGUUAAACAAGUAAAGUGUUCUAAAAGGGUUUAAGUGAGCAAGAACAUACAAAUUAUUCGGUGCCAAUGCAGCAACACAGGCGACAGCCAGAAUUAGUGGAAGGAAAUCUUCCUGUCUUUGUAUUUCCAACAGAAUUGAUAUUUUAUGCAGAUGAUCAAUCAUCACACAAACAAGUGUUAACUCUUUACAAUCCGUACGAGUUUGCCUUAAUAUUCAAAGUCUUAUGUACAGCCCCAAACAAAUAUGUUGUUGUUGAUGCUGCAGGUGCAGUGAAGCCUCAGUGCUGUGUCGACAUCGUCAUUCGCCAUCGAGAUGUACGGCCUUGCCACUAUGGAAUCAUAGACAAAUUUCGGCUGCAAGUGUCAGAACAAAGCCAGCGGAAAGCACUAGGUAAAAAAGAGGUGAUUUCUGUUCUCCUCCCAUCAACAAAGGAGCAACAACAGAAAGAGGAGGAAGACAAACGCAUCAAAGAGCACCUUGCAGAAGCUGUGUUUUUUGAACAGACCUCAUUCCAGCAGGAAUCCAGAACUGCCUCUUCAGGACCGAGUUUACUUACAGUCUUCCUGGGAAUCAUCUGUAUCAUAGCAUUAAUGUUACCAACACUUGGGGAAGCUGAAUCUCUGGUGCCUGUCUACCUCCACUUAAGUGUCAAUCAGAAAUUAGUCGCUGCUUAUGUUUUAGGUCUUGUGACCAUGGUUAUCCUUCGAACAUGAACAGGAGAAGUGAAGGAGACCCAGCAUGGACUGAUCCAUUUGUUAAUCUGGGCACAUGCUGCUGCCGUGGCGCUGCAUUACCUUUUUCAGAACGUAAAGGCCUCCAGCAGGAGCACUUGUUGUAAACAGCAUGGAUUUAUCUGAACUUUGUGCAUUUUAAUGUUUACGCAAGACCUUCAGCUGUAAAAUUGCAUUCGCAUUGUCACAAAACACCACGUCAAUAAGCUUCCUUUGUUUUAAUUGCUCUGUAAAUGUUUAGAUAAAUAGUUUCAUGUGUGUAACUUUUAUUAUGUAGAUGUUUGUCACUUUUUAAUCCUUGUCCAGCUUUGCUAUGCAAUCAUGUCGCUGCAUCCCAGGUGAGAUCCUGAGGAAAAUCCAGUGAGUACCCACAGCAUGUGGAAAUUCUGCCAGAGGUUGGCUGUACCCUGUGAAGUGUACUCUUAUGACACUGACUUAAGAACAGGCACUUCAACAGUGCAAAAGCAGUGUCUGCUGUAGUGACAAUGGGUACGCACCAUAACUUUAACCUGUUUCUUUUCUUUAUGGAUUCUCGUGCAUCUGCUUUGUAAUUCUAGAAUUUUGUUUUUAUUUCAACAAGUGCACUUGUCAAACUUCAAUUAGGGUGGUGAUCACAUUUCUACUUUAAUCCAACAUGUCAGUUUUGGCUCUGUGGUACAACUGUCUAUUCAGGGGUCAUGGAUUCAAGCCAUGUUUCAGAGGCUUGAGCACAUAAUCCAGGGUGACCCUCCCAGUGCAGAACUGAGGCAAAGGGGCAGCACUGAGGGCGUGGUGCACUGUCAGAGAGUUACUGACGGAGUGCCACACUGUCAGGAGGGUCAAUACUGAGUGAGUGCCGCACUGUUGGAGGGUCAGUACUGAGGGAAUGGAGGACUGUCAGAGGGUCAGUGCUGAGAGUACACAGUCCAGUCAAAGGGUCUCUUUCAUUCAGAACGUUAAAUUGCCUCAUGAGGUGGGAUAAAAAUUGUGUGACACUUUUUCAAAUAGAGUACGGGAGUUUUUCCCAGCAUCCAGGCUAUUGGUUCUUGAAUCAACCCAACCAAAAGUAAUUAUCUGGUCAUUUUUUUGCAGGAUUUUGAGUUGUACAGUUAUCGGCUGCCAUGAUUCCUACAAUACACCAGUGACAGCACUUCAAAAUUACUUCAUUAGUCAUAAAGCCCAGUGUGAUGUUUCAGUUUGGAAGCACACUGUCUAUAUUGAAUGACUAACAGAUUAACGCAGUAGGUAAUGGUCCCUCACCAUACAAGUGGAAGCAGUGGGUUUUAAAGGGAACAUUAAUUUUACUUCUAGUCUGUUGCAAUAGUUCCAAAGUAUUUAGCUGAUUAGGUUUAAUGUACAUUAAGUUUUGUGAAAGCCAGUACUAUGUAUAAAAUUAGUACUGUAUACUAUACCAGCUAAUAGCUGUAAUAGAAGCCAUUCUGAAAGACUUGGUUGCUGAUAUGUCUGCUUCAGUGAUUGUAUUUAGAGGUUCUGGAUCAUGGCAUGAGGUGCCUUCCAAGUUGGUAAAGCUCAGCAAUGACCUGGAUCAGAGCUAAGGUUGCUGGAGGGGUCAUCCAUCUCGCACCAGUUCCUGGGAUUAUAUGGAGAUAUCCGUGAAUGGCAUUCAGAUUGACUAAUGCUACCUGAAGAGGGUACAAAGUUGGAUCUAGUGUCCUCUUUUUCCACAUGGAGUAAUUCUUUAACUUAGAUUUAACACUGGGCAAUGGUCCCACUCAGCUACAGAAAUCAGCUUGAAUUAACUUCAGUUUCUGUAGAGAUGAAACAAAGGGAAUAAUUGGAUUCUAUACUAGCAACUGUGAUACCUUUCACAGUCAAAUAGCAUGUCAGUCUCAAUGUCUGGACAUUCAAAGUUUAGCUAUUAGUUUGUGAUGCGUGGAGGUUGGUUAAUGCUUCCACUAGGAUUAUACUGUAGUGAUCAGUGCAUCAAAUAAAACAAAAUAAAAAGGAGUAAUAGAUGAAAUUGGUAGUUUAUAACUCACUGAGCAGUGGGCUGAGGGCAAGGAAUUGACAGCCCAUCGUGCAGGAGCUCCUAUGUAAACCUCUGGCUGUCUUGCUCAGAGGUGAGUAAUCGUUGAACUGUGUCAAACAGAAAUUACCCAACUGCCAAGGCUGCUCCACACACAAAAGUGUAUUUUAAAAAAAUUGUUUUAAACAAUUGUCAGGUCUUCUGCAAAGCAACUUAUUAAAAUUCGGAAUUACUAAAUGUGAGUUAAAUUGUGUUUAAACUGUUACGAAUACAGCAAGCAGAUUGUGACCACUUAGUGUCAGGAAUUAGCCUACGGGGCAAACUACUAGUAGUCAGGUGUUUCCCCCGUGAGAACUCAUGGACGAGUGAAAUGUGCUGUGUAAACCGACAUUUGCAGAUUUUCUGUUUAAAGGUCAUUUAUGUUUUUGAAAAAAAAAACUACCAGUAUGACAAUUUGUAAAUGUUUACAUCAUGAUUUAUACAAUUUAUUUAAACAUUUUAAUAAAGUUAUUUUUGAGAACAGA